AUGUCGUCCAUUGGUUUUUGGAACUGUAGAGGAGCUAGGAAGGUAAAAGCUUCUCUUUAUGCAAAAGAUUUCAUUAAAGAAUUUGGAGUUUUCUUUCUUGGCUUAGUUGAGACUAAGCUCACUGUUGUGGAUGGAAAAAUUGUAAGUUCCUUAGUUGGCGAAGGUUGGGACUUCUGUCAAGUUCCUUCGGAAGGACUCUCUGGAGGAAUUCUUGUUAUUUGGAAAAAGGAUAUGGCCACUUUUAAUAUGCUGGAAUCUUCAAACCAGUUUCUUAUUGGAAAUCUUAAUGUAUUCAAUAGGGGCACCUGGAGAAUUGCUACAAUUUAUGGAAAUAAGGAUAUUUACAAGAGGAGGAGGUUAUGGGAGAGAUUGGAGCAUCAUUUGACUAAUGAUUUCCCAAUCAUUUUAGGGGGAGAUUUCAACUGUCUACUGUCUAAGGAAGAGAAGAAAGGAGGGAGAGACUUUGUUUUUGGCAUGGGAACGAAGGAAAUGAAGUCUAUUAUUAUAUACAACAAUUUGCACGAGGUGGCUGAAGUUGGUCCAAAGUUUACUUGGAGCAAUAAUAAAAAAGGUGCAGAGAAAAUUCUUGAAAAGCUGGAUAAAUGUCUGGUCAAUUUAGCGGCAUUGAACUCUUCUCAUAGACUAAUGGUGAGGCAUUUGGCAAGGAUGGCUUCGGACCACUGUCCGAUAUUACUAAAUCUGUUAAAAUUCAUUUCUCCUAGCAGAAAAGUAUUGAAGUUCGAAGAAGUAUGGACCUCUUUACCGUCUUCAGUUGGUGUUGUAAAGAAUUCUUGGAAGAAGAAAACAUUGGUUGAUCCUCCUCAUGUUUCAAAUCAAAAACUUAAAAGGAUGUUAAAGAACUUACAUUACUGGAGUAAAAAUAAGUUCAAGGCUCUAAAUCUAGCCAAGGAAGAUCUGAAAGCUGAAGUUUUGAAACUACAGGAAUCUGAAUCUGAAAGAGGAAAUAACAAAGAAGAAGUUCAUUGGUUACUCAAGGCAAAGAUGGAAGAGUUAAAUUCUGUAAUGUCUAGACUUGAUUCAUGGUGGAAGCAAAGAGCAAAAGUCAAGUGGUUGGUGGAUGGAGACACAAAUUCUAUGUUCUUUCAAUCAUAUGCUAGUGGGAGGAUGAAUACAAACUUUAUUCAUAAAAUCAAGGAUGAGCAAGGAGCAAUGGCUGAAGACCAAAAACAGAUAGAGGAUGUGAUCUUUCGGUAUUUCAGCAACAAAUGGGUGGGGAGGAAUUGUGUUAUAGACAAUUGGCCUUAUUCCAUUGCAUCGUUGAAUGAUGAAGAUAGAGAAGUUCUUAGCAAGGAUUUUUCGUUUGAAGAAUUAGAAGAAGUGAUCAAAAAACUAGGGAGGAACAUUGCUCUUGGAAAGGAUGUUGAAUGUUUCACGGGAUUUAAGAUCUCUCUUCUCAUUAAUGGUUCUUAUUCUAAGUGGAUAGAAGCCAAAAGUGGAUUCCGGCAAGGAUGCCCUCUAUCCCCUUUUUUAUUUGUUAUGUGUGCUCAACUUCUUACUAAUGUUUUCAGUUCUAGAGGGAGUUCUAUAGGAGUUGAAGUUUCUAAUAAUGGGCCUAAGAUUUCCCAUUUACUGUAUGCCGACGACAUUAUUAUAUUCUCUAAUGCUCAGAUCAAAUCGAUCAAAGUUAUCAAAGGGAUUCUUGUGGACUUCUGCGGUUGGACAGGCCAAAAGCUGAAUGUGAAAAAAUCUGGAGUCCUCUUUGGACUCUCAGUGAAGAAUAGAAGGAGAAAGAAGAUUUGUAGAAUCAUGAAUUUGAGAGAGAUUAAAGAAUUCUGUUAUUUGGGAGUCAAGGUGGUGCUAAGAAGGCUUCAUAAAGCUGACUUUCAAUUUCUAUUAGAUAAAACUAUGAGUAUGCUUAGAGUUUGGGGUGGUAAGCUAUUCUCUUUAGCUGGGAGAAUAACCUUGGUAAAAUCAGUAUUACUGACAUACCCAACUUUUCACUCUGCCAAUUCUAUGGUUCCUAAGAAAGUUCUAUACGAAAUUGAUAAAAUUUGCAAGGAAUUCAUAUGGAGGAAGCGUGAUGGCAAUGCAGGCCUGCAUUAUCCAAUUAUUAGAUGGACUGUGGGGAAUGGAAAGAAUAUCAAUGCAUUUGAAGAUGUUUGGGUUUUAGACAAAAGCUUUAUCAACUGGCCAACUUUUGUCAACAUCACGAAAGGAAGCUGCAUCAUGGUUGAAAAUUUCUUAAAUGACGGUAAUUGGAACACGGUGAAGCUGAAAAAGUUCUUUGGGGAUGAUCUUAUUGAUCUUAUCUUUUCCAUUGAGAUUAGAAAUGGUGAAGACAAAGUUGAGCUUAUGCAUAAACUUUCAGGCAAAUCUAUUACAGCUCUUGCAGUUGAAACCACUGUUUCUGAAAAAAUAGUGGAGAAAACCUAG